AAAAAAAAAAAAAUGUUGCUGACUCUGUUGUUUUGGACAUCCCUCAGUGUACCCGGUGUGACGUAUGGCGGGAACACUAUACAGACAGACAAACGGACAAAGGUUGAUUUGAUAAAAUCGUUAAUUUACGACAACACAAAGGCCACGGUCACCCUGGAUUCCUCAGCUCUAAAACAACUGAUUCAUUUGUCUUCAGGUACGUCCACUCCACUGCGACGGGUCAGUUUUUCUGUAACCGUUAACUUAAACCAAAUUAUCAAACUCAAAAAUGGACAAAUAGUGAAAUAUAACAAAAUCCUGACAAAUGACGGAAACGGAUAUGACGUCAGAACGGGAGUGUUCACGUGUCCUGUGGCGGGAUCCUACAUGUUUGUUGUCGAUUCUAUGUCACAACCCGGGACCUGGUUAUAUUUGAAAGUCAACAAGAACACAGUUGGUAAAAUGUAUUGGUAUGUGUCUGUGGACCAUAAAGAUAAUCCUUUAAUCCAAGUUAGCAAGACAGUCAUUGUGAAGCUGAAAGCAGGGGACCAUGUCAAAGUUGAAAAUGAUGGACACAGCGGUAAAAUGUACUAUGACAUGUACUCGGGAUUCACAGGAGUCCUCUUGUAUUGAACGAUAUUCUGGACCGUGUUGAAUGAAUUGAAUUGACCCCAAGCUAGCUCAAUGACUACUUUUCAUGUCUGAACCAUUUUGAGACAUUUUAUUUUACCAUUUUAUCAAUGACAACUUCUUAAAUAAAAACUCCAGAUCGAUGUAGGUUUUAUUUAAUU